ACUCAUCUUCCUCUCGCACGUGCCUACGUCCGUACAAGCAAAUGUCCCAUGCAGCAUGAUGCUAUUUAAGUAUGCAGACAAGCAAAGGAGCCUAGUUGCUGUGACCUCGAGAUUAGAUGCACACUAUGAUGGGUGAUGGGGAAGCUAGGACGGCUGCCGUGUCCGUCGGGUGGGGUAUCCUGACUGUGAUCCUGCUUCCUCAGUCCUGACUACUUUCUCCUGGCGUGAUGUUCGACGCAAACGUUAAUCAUCCCUCCAGAGCACGACGCCGUUCCCGUUCCUCGCUGAUGCAAAUGCGAAUGCAGACGCGAUGCGAACUUGCUGCUGAAAUUACUAAGCAGCAUCAAAGUUGCGUGCUGGUAAAGUCCAGGUACAGGUACAGACAGCAUCAGAAACGGCAACGGCCUCGAAGUUCCCCAGCAGCCAAACUUCUUCAACGGUGUUCACUAAUCCCCGUUUCCGUUCCCAAAUCCCAGUUCUUGGCUGUUCUCAGAUCAUUCAUUACUCAUGCAGUCCCAUACCAGAAGAUGCCACAGGCUGGUCCCCACCCGCUGCAGCCAGGUCGGUCGUUUACAGUGUCCACCCAGCGUCUCCAGGCGCCAAAAAACGGGGGUCGAAUGUCGCUCUCGCGCGUGGCAGGCUGCCAUCAAGGCCGGCGGGAGGGGCUAGAGAAGGUCAGUUUAGCGUGUUUGCAGGGUAGCGGACGCUCCAAGUAGGGAACGAGAAUGCCUGUCGGGUCUGGUCUGAUCCUGUCUGGCCCAUCCUACCCUGCCCUGUGUGUUCUCACGUCUCGUCAAGUUCUCCCCAUAAUAACUGCUCGCUCUUAUUAUUCCCAUUCCUGUUAAGUAAUCCCAUGAUUCCCAUACUUCCCCGUUGAGGCCGGGUGCAGGAAGCAUGUCCACCUCGCUAACCGCAUCUUGACGCCGUCAUGUCUGGAUAGAGGCCAAAGUUUGG